GUAGAAGAAGAGUUCUUGCCUGCUGCACGUACGUCUCCUUGGAGUCUUUUAGUUGUAUCUUGUGUUUUAACCUCUGUGUUCUUCCGUCAGUCUGUGUUUAGUGAUAAUAGACACUUCGAAUAAACCGCUUCCUCGGAUCAUCUUGUGUCUCAACAUUAGGAUUUCAUAUUAAAAGAAGUCAUGUUUCGAAGAAGAAUACCCUUCACACAGAUGGCCUUUGCCACACUGCUUGGAGUCGCUGGUGGUAUUUAUAUCUACAGACCUUAUUUUGAGCCGGUGCUGAAGACUUCAGGACAACAAAACCAGGAUGUGCCUAAGAAACAGAAUGAAACAGACUGAAGUAAUUCUUCACUCCCAGGAAAUACUUCACAGACAGAAGCCAGAAGAACUCAGAGGCUGCUGGAGCUGGAGAAUAAAUUCAUGCUUCGUUGGGGUUGUUUGUUUGAUUGUUAAUGUACAAAAAUAAAAUAUUUAAUGUUCAUUAUACAUGCCUGCCAAAAAAAGUAUUGUAGCCAUGGGCUCCUUUGUCAGAUUCACAAUGCCUUUUUCCCCACAGGGAUUAACAUUUAUACAGAAAAUUAGGUCUGUGGUCCACAUAAGCCUGAAAAUGGUUCACAUUUUAUUAUACAACAUAAAAUACAUUAAUAUCUGUGAAUUAUGAAGCUAUACAAUAUAGUUUUUUUACAGCAUGAACCCACUACAUCCGGCAGAGGUGAAAGAAGUAUUCAAGUCCUUUACUUAAGUAAAAGUACCAAUACAACAAUGUAAAAAUACUCUGUUAAAACUCUGUCAUUCAAAAUCCAACUAAAAGUACAAAACAUUGGAUUAAAAGACUAAGAUGUGUGUUCACAGUUUUGUUCAGGUACAU